AUGAAUUCCGUGGAUGCUUCGGAGCAUUAUGAGUUAGGAGCUACCGACCUCUCCCCAUCCCUGCUCACCAUAGUCAUCGACACAAACCCACAGGCCUGGGCCGUCCUCGAAGACUCCCUCCCACUCUCCAAAGCAAUCGCCAACAUCCUAGUCUUCAUCAACGCCCACCUAGCCUGCAACUAUGCCAACGAAGUCGCCGUAGUCGCAUCGCACAGCGGAAAAGCAGCAUGGCUCUACCCAUCCCACAGCGAACCCCGAUACCGCACCACUGAUCAUGACGGCGAUGUCGCAAUGAACGGCACGAGCGACCCAACCCCGAAAACGAACAAAUACCGGCCCUUCCGCAUCGUCGAAGAACAAGUCACCCGCAACCUCAAAGAACUGAUGGACUCGACGACCGGCGACGAUCUGCGUGGUAACAUGUCCACGAUGCUAGCGGGCGCGCUAACCCUCGCCCUGAGCCACAUCAAUCGACGCACGCUCGCCUGGGCGGAGGAGCACGGUGGCGCCAACGCCGAAGAUGCAGCGGCCGAUGGCAACGGUGGGAGCGGGGCCGCAUCCACGAACCGAUACUCAGCCUCGAACGAGGACGAACGGCUGCAGAGCCGCAUCUUGGUCGUUUCUGUGAGCGGGUCUGCCGACGCUGCCCACCAGUAUAUCCCUGUUAUGAACAGCAUCUUCGCCUGCCAGCGCUUGAACAUCCCCAUCGAUGUGUGCAAGCUCAGUGGCGAUGCGGUCUUCCUGCAGCAGGCGUCUGAUGCUACCAAGGGUGUUUAUAUGGCUCUCGCCGAGCCGCGAGGCCUGCUGCAAUAUCUGAUGAUGGCUUUUUUGCCGGAUCAGCGCUCGCGUCGCCAUUUGGUUCUUCCCACGCGGGUGGAUGUCGAUUUCAGGGCUGCUUGCUUUUGUCAUCGCCGGGUGGUUGAUGUUGGCUUUGUGUGCUCAAUUUGUCUCAGUAUCUUCUGUGAGCCUCCUCCUGCUGGUGACUGCAUGACUUGUGGAACGCAUCUGGAUAUCAGAGAUAAUGCCAGGCCUGCUCUCUUGCCAAGGAAGAAGAAGAAGAAGAAGCGUGUUAAUGGGGCCUCCGGAACUGGGACGCCCAUGUCGACGCCUACGCCGGGUCCUUGA